AUGGCAGCAGUCUUAGGUGUACGAUUAGCGCACAAUGUAAUUAAUGCACUCCAAAUGAAAGUGUGUGACGUUAUUUUCUCGUCUGACGGUAUGAACGUACUUUGGUGGAUUCAAAGAGAAAGUCGUACUUUUAAACCGUUUGUGGCUAAUCGUGUCAGUGAAAUUCAAGACAAGAGUGUACCAAACCAAUGGAGACACGUGACUUCGAAAGAAAAUUCAGCAGAUAUAGCAUCUCGGGGUAUGACUGCUAGUGAAUUAGUUAACUGUGAACUGUGGUGGAAAGGACCGGAAUUUCUUAUGAGUGCACCAGAAAAAUGGCAUAAGAAUGAUAAAGAAGAGCGAAAAGAAAGUAAAGCUGAAAUGCGUUUAUCAAAGCUACAGCAGGGUGAUAUGAGUACAUUCCUUGUUACCGACAUAAAUCAAGAAGUGAUAGACAUAGGAAACUAUUCAAGCUGGCACAAAAUGGUUCGUGUGUUAGCCUGGGUACUACGUUUCAUUUCGAACAUUUCGUGCAAACGUGAUGAUCGUAGACAAUGUGAAUUAGUAGCAGAAGAAAUAAAAGAUGCAGAGUCACUGUUAAUGCAAAAAGCACAACGUGAAUAA